AUGCACUUGUUCCAAACGCUUUUCGCUCUCUACCUUUUGGCACUGCCCCUCUGUUUGGCAAGACCGUCGGGUGCGGGUGAGGAUGAAACAUCAGAUGUACAAAUUGAUGGAGAUGCCAAUGAGACCCCGAAAGUGGACGAACGUGACGAGGAACCAAACGAACCACAGAGCUCCGAGAACGACGAUGAAGCCAGCGGACAGGAUGAAGCAGAAUCCGGAGAGCAGAAAGAGGAAGAGCCAAAGGAAGGGAACGAAGAUGAGGAGGCCGCAGUAGCAGCAGCAGCAGCACCUUCAGCAGAGGAGAAACAAUCGGAAAAGGAAGAGUCUGAUCCGGAGCAGUCGGAUAAAGGAAGCGAAAACUCAGAAGAAACUGAGACCAAUGUGGAAGAUCAAAAGGAUUCUGACAAUACAAAUCCAAUGCCUGUCGAGGACAGUAAAGACGAAAUUACACAACCCGAAACAGAACCGGAGAAAGAGCCGGUUGCCGAUGAGAAACCGGCUGGAGAUGUCUUCGACACCUCCGUCAUGCCUGAAAAACAAUCACCGGUAAACGAUCAAGUCCCACAAGAGUCGGACAAGAGCGUGGAGAACGAUUCGAUUGUCACAAAGAAUGUUGAACCAACUGUUCUAGCUGAUCAAACACUGGAUGUGAAUACAAAUCAAACAGGAACCGGAAAUGAAACACAAGGAGAAUCUGAACCUGUCAAGGAGGUUGCACUCACACUUACCGAUCUCAAGGACAACCAAACUGUUGCUUCGGUGAAGCAUGUGAAGUCGGAAGAAAAUAAACCUGUGGAACAGAAGGACAAAGAGGAAAAAGUCGAGGAUGAGGUUCAUUCUACCACGCCUUCAACAACCCAAGUAUUGGACAGUGCAGUGGUGAGUUUGAGUGAUAAAGCUGAUCAGAUCAUGGAACCCAGCGAGAAAGAAUUCGAGCUACCGCCAAUCAAUUUCACCGCUGGAGGUGACUGGAUCAACAGUUCCAAUUGGCAGUUUGUGAGCCACGAUUAUGAACGUUCCUCGGAUCAUGACGAACUGACCGAGGAUGACGAUUAUCAUCACAUCAUGGACGCUUGUCACGUGCUCGGACAGAAAGUGCACGAGGUGCUCGGUGUGAAUAAAACCGAUAAGGAAAUUCACGAGGCGAUACAAUUGAUUCCCAGUUUCCAUAAAACGGAUGACUACGAUGUAGACAUGUACACAAAAACGGUGAGUGAACCACACGAAUUCACACUGACAGAUUCGCGGAUUCAAGUGUCCAGAGCUGGGUUUCUAUCUCGGUUCUGGCUCAUUCCACUUCACUUACCAGACACCAAAUGA